AGCGUCAUUAUGCAGCAACAGUUCAGCUGCCAAACAUUCGGGUGGAUUGUCGCCGCGUGCGUGGAGGAGGGAAGCACAGAGCUACAGUUAGUUAGCUGUCCAACAGGAGAUCGGUUCGGCAACACGAAGGCUUUACCCAUUCCAGAUUUUGCCAGCUCUAACUACAUCUCGUCGAGCUCCUUUUGGCAACAACUGGAGACCAAAAUACUGCUAGAACCAUGCUCACUCGAAAGAUCACUGGAUGUGCACUCGCUGCAUCGUUAGGACAUGACUUCAUAUCCAAUGUAAGUGCAGCAACAGCAACCUCGUACACAACCAAAUCGGGCCUUCUACCAUGGGUAGAUGUCGAUACGCCCUCCAGCGCGCAGAACUACACAUCGUCACGAGGUGAUGUCUGGACUCUGACUAUGAGCGAUGAGUUUAACGUCGAAGGUCGCAGUUUCGAAGCAGGUGACGAUCACUUGUGGACGGCAAUGGAGAUCGCUGAUGGUGUCAACUCCGCUCUAGAAGUUUACUCGACGAACAUGACAGGCACCGAGUGCGAUAGCGAUGGCCACUGCUACUUUUUCAUCAACACAACAGAUGAAACUAUUGAGGAAACGGUGUGGAACAGCUACAUGUCACCACCCGGAUACGAGACUGUGUACUUUUACUACCGGUCUGGAAUGGUUCAGAGCUGGAACAAGUUCUGUUUCCAAGGCGGUAUGAUCGAGGUUCGAGUGCAACUACCCGGUGCAGUUACGAACGCGUCUGGCAAUCCGGACGUGGAGACUGGAUCGACCACAGUUCGUGCCGCUAACAUCGACUACUACCCGACAUGGCCCGGUAUUUGGCUCAUGGGUAACCUCGGUCGAGCCUUGUUCAGUGCAUCGACGAGUCGGAUGUGGCCGUACACGUACAACGAGUGCAACGACACCAUCUUCGACUCACAGAAUCAACGUAUUAGUGCGUGCAAUGAUACGCCUGGACAUGGUUUGAACGCGAAUCAGGGUCGCGGAGCUCCAGAGAUUGAUAUUCUGGAAGGUGGAGGUACUGCUAUAUCAUCGUCAAUCCAGGUCGGUCCGGGUAUGCCCGAGGAUUUCCGAAUGCUGGAAGAUAACACCACAGCGUCUUCUUACUGUUUCUACAGCUACGACUGUACCACCGAAGGUGCCAAUAACCAGGACGUCCCGACCAAGUACUACUGGAAUCUGCGUGGCCACAAGUCUUGGUAUCAGGGUCUUCGGUAUGGUGCCAACAACAUCUGCGAUGUUGAAGACGACGACAUUCAGACAUUCGCCACUGUCAAUGCUUCACUUGCAAAGGGUAUCACAGCCAAUGCCUGUACAAUGGAGUUGUGUCCUGCCUCGUAUGAUGUGAACGGUGACAUGGGAUACAAGGACAAUGGCACGGUGCACUGGGGCAUUAACACGAACGGAACCUGCUUUCCCAAACAGAACGCUUACAUGGGUGCAUACCUUUGCAGCCCCGGCAAUACCAACUCGGAGUGUACAGCCUCAAGCGGCUCUACCAGUUCCAGCUCGGAAUUCGCGUACCAAAUGGAUGCUAUUUCAACAGACUGGGAGAUUCACAUGGCUGCAUACUUGGAUUGGGUGACAUAUACAGUCGAAUGGGUCAUGGGAGACUCUGGAUACGUUCGGUGGGAAGUGGAAAACCAAGUGAUCUUUGAGAUCCCGGCAGAGUCGAUCAUUAAUCCGCCACAGGACACAGCACAGAUGAACCCGAAGAAGAUCAUGAUUGAGGAGCCCAUGUACAUCAUCUUUAACGUCGCUCUCUCCAGUUCCUGGGGUUCUUCCCCUCCCAACGCUGGGUCAGGAAGCUGCCGUGGUGAUGGCUCGAGCUCAACGGACAAUGCGAUCUGUGACUCGUUCCCGAUGUACCUGAAAAUCGACUAUAUCCGUUUGUACCAGGACACAUCGAGCAAUACAGACAUGGCGAUUGGUUGCGAUCCUUCGUCCCACCCGACUAAGCAAUGGAUCGAGGACAACAUCGACGACUAUACGGAUACGGACAACCCGUACACUGCUGUAUCUGGUAUGGCAUUCUGUAAUUCGGAUGAUGACUGCACAGUCGGCACGUCGUCGGUCAUCACGGGUUCGUGCAAUUCAGACGGACGUUGUGAGUGCGCGUCCAACUCGUGGACAGGCCCUCGAUGCACCGAAGUGGCCAGCGUUAGCGACGACGAUACUCUGUUCGGGCCGCCGCUUUUCGUCUCAAUUAUUGUCGCCAUUGUCGUCAUCGCUGUCGGAGUCUGCGUCAUUCUAUAUCAGCGCUGGCAGACCAAGCAGAUGAGUCUCAAGAUUCGCGCACAGGAGCACGAGAAGGAGCUCAAGGCCGCAUCCAGGGUCUCCGAUGCCAGCGCCAAACUGGAGAAAUCCAUUAACGAUGCAAGCGGCAACAAGGCCGACUACGCAACAAACUUCGUAUAGUAUAAGACCAUCACUCUUGUGAAUCAAAAAUUGAAGAAAUCAAGUUGAAGUGAAAGUGUAUCCAUAAC